AGCUGCAAGCAGCCAGGGUUCAAGCUUUGGCCACAUAGCGCCACCAUCAGGACAAAUUGGCCACAUUGCUAAAUUCAAUGAUUACCAGCAGUGUAUUAUAGUGUAAUUUUGAUUAGUGAAUCUUGUGAUAUUUAUUUCAGAGCAAGAGGGAUUUGGAGCAAUAACUUGCUUGAGUGAUCAAUGGAUUGAUAUAUCUAUAAACUGUCAUGGAUCAAAGUCCAUCUCGUUCAUCAAUGGCCCCUUCUAUAGAGGAACUCACUGAAGAAAUGUCUCGAAUGGUUCAGGAGGUCAGCGAACUCACUGGGAUCUCCAUGAGCCAGAUCCUUGCAUCCAGAACCUCCUUGGGAACGCCAGUGACUUCUGUUUCCCAACUCCUUGCAUCUGUGACAUCCUUGCAUUCACCAAUGCCACCUCUUCCUAGAGCCGCUUGGGGCUCCAAGGAACAUGACUCUAAUGAGAGAAGCAUUACUAGCCAUUUGAGUGUGGAUAAGUCAUGGCCUUUUGCAAUCUACCCACGCUGUGAGGAACUGAUCCAACAAGAAAGAAUGCCUCCGCUGGAGAAGUAUCCCUCUCCUACCGUGCCAAAGAAGAGAUCGAAGAGCCGGGCAAUGUCUUCCCUGUCGCUGAGGUCAGGGUGUUCUGAACAGACCCUGACCAGUAUCCAUGAGGAAGAUGAGACUAAGGUGGUGAUGGAUAUAAUGGCUGAGGUGGAAAAAGUGGCAAGUAAAGACUUCUCCAAGAAGAAGGCCUUUUUCUGGAGGAGACUGAGAUGUCUUUGUUGCCUGGGGAAGAAGAAGGCUGCUACUACAAAGAAGACCAAGGUGGAGGAGCAUGAGCAGGAGAAUUCUGAGGUGACCCAGGAUGCUGUUUUCCCUACUGGGAUUUCCUUAAAAUGCUCAGGAAAUGAUUGAUGUCCUAAAUCAGAAUAUUUUAAUAAAAUCAGAAUAUUUUA